CAAAAGAGGGAAGAGGGGAAGAACAAUAUUUGCUAAGGACUUGGUAUGUGCCAAGCACUGGGUGCCUUGAUGAAUGAUCUCCCAGGGGACCCAGCAUUAGGACAAAGAGGAAGUAGAGGCUUAGGAAGACUGAGAACGUGCCCCAGCUUGCAAGGUUAAUGAACACUGGGGCAGAAAUGUAAUCCCUCAUUAAACCAGACCCAAAGCCCGCAUUACUCCUUUCUCUGACAGUUUCUUGAUAUCACCCUCCCUUACACUGACUGGUGUGUAAUGGUUAACAGGUUUGGAAAACUGCUUAUUAAACACUGGAAUAUUGAAGCAGAGUGUAACAAAGUUUGAAAGAGUGCUUUGAAUAAAGGUAAGAAAAUGCCACUAGUGUAGUAAAAUUAUGCCACAUAUUAACUAAAGAGGUUUAUCAGGCUGAAGUAAAAAUAGGUUAACAGAGGGUUUUAAUUUCUAACAACAGAUCAUUUGGUGUGCUUUUCAAGGGAGGUCAAUCCACUCUAACUUUUCAGAAGAAUUUCAUACAAGUUAACCUCCAGAACCAGAAAGAGGAUAACACACUAGAAUGGAUGAAUCAACCUAGCAUUUUUUGGAACAGUGACUGAAGUCUGUGUUACAUUAGUCAUUUCCAAACCCAUGAGUGUCAGAUGCCCAGGUACUGGAGGGCUAGAAAAAGUCUUCAGGUUUACAUACAUACCAAGCACUGACUACAGACACACACACACACACACAUACAGUGGUAUAUAUAAAUCUGGGGGGUGCUUUCAGACGCAACAAUGAUGUAAAAAAAAUUUAAAAAUACACAGUAAUGUUAAAAGUAUUACUAAAUACAGAGACUAACUUUCUGGAAAUGACAAAAUACAUAAUCAACAGGAGCCAAGCAUACAAACAGUACAGAGGAGAGGCUUUUCAUGGUUUCCGGCAGUGAGCACCCCUCUUCCCCGUGGAAGGCAAAGCCUAGGGAAGCAGCUUCCCCCUCCUCUUUCUUGCAGCUCAGGCAAUGGCUCAUGACCUAAGCUCAGAAACACUCGCCUGGGACCUGGAAUGAGGAGCGAGUGGCCCAGAGAAGUGGGGACGUGAGGCUCCUUCUCUGGGAGCAGUGGCGUGAGUCCAAGCAGCUGGGGCAGCAUGCAGGGGUACUCCUAACAGGCUAUGGUCCACGCCAAGGCAGCAAUGCUUGCCGGUGGCAGUGUGCUCUUCAGAUCAGCUUUAUAGCAGAUUUCAGGGCAACGUGUUUUGCAUGUAGACUCCAACACAUGAUUCUCCAGUCCUUCCAGGUACUCACUGAGCUAUCCUCAAAUCCUUUCAAUAAACUCCCUUUGCUUACUAAGUCAGCCCAAGUCACUUUCUGCUGCUUACAAAGAACCUGACUGAUGGCUCCCAAGGGACUAGGGUGGGGGUUCUGGAUGACAGAGAUUCCACACAUUUAUUUCACAAUAAAAGCAGUCACACAAAACUGGGGCACAAGGGCUUCCCAGGUGACUUAGUGGUAAAGAAUCUCCUGCCAAUGCAGGAGAUGCAGAUUCGAACACUGGGUUGGGAAGAUCCCCUAGAGAAGGAAAUGGUAACACACUCCUGUAUUCUUGCCUGGGAAAUUCCAGGGACAGGGGAGCCUGGCAGGUUAUAGUCCAUGGGGUCACAAAGAGUUGGACAUGACUUAGCGACUAAAAAAAACUGGGGUACAAUUAGUUAAUGGCACCCAACUUAUUUAUUCAUUGUUCACUGAUUUUUCGCUUGUCUCUACAUGAAGAUGGACUUCCCAAGUGGCGCUAGUGGUAAAGAACCCAUCUGCCAAUGCAGAAGAUGGAAGAGAUGUGAGUUCGAUCCCUGGGUUGGGAAGAGCCCUUGGAGGUUGGGAAGAGCCCCUGGAGGAGGGCAUGGCAACCCACUCCAGUAUUCUUGCCUGGAGAAUCCCAUGGACAGAGGAGCCUGGUGGGUUACAGUCCACAGGGUCGCAGAAAGUCGGACACAACUGAAGUGACUUAGCACACUACAUGAAGAUAUUUCCUUCUGCUUCUCCUCAAUUUCCAGCAGUUAUCAGUCCAGCACCAAGAACAAAUUAGAUGCCCAAGAGCAGAGACUGAACUGCUCUAGAAAAUUUAAGUAUGAGUUAUCUGUCAAACAAUACUUUCUAGGAAUAUGCACCAAGGUAAAUAAAAAAAUCUCACCCAAAGCAUCUAACAUCUUUGAGGAUUUGUAAAACCCAAGAAAAAUGUGACCAUAUUAACAUUUAGAAAUGUGCUCUAAGUUAAAAUCUCAACUUUAAAUGGUGAAACUGGAUUACAAGCAAUCUUUACACAAUUUCAAAAAGUUCCCAAUUAUGGUUCCUCAAUAAGAGUUCCUCUCUUUGGUUCUUCCUUUCUUAGAAAAAAAAAAAAAAGCCGAAACUCUCUUCAAAUACACAUUCCCACACCUCACACAUACACACAGAAAUGGAGACUGUGAACAGAGGCAAGAUCAUUCUCGGUCUGGAACUCAAUCUGAUUCUGUUUUAUGUCGGGGUCGCGGACGACUGCACCGUCUCAGUGUCUCAAUUACCUGAACUUGAAGUGGACUACAGGCAAAAGGUCGUAACCUUGACCUGCUCCUUCUCCACCGUGGGGUGCCCUGCAGAGAAACCAACACGCCUGUGGUUUCGCUACGGGACUCACGAGCCUGAGAACCUGUGCUCGAAUGGAUGCAGCAGUGAGACAGACAAGUACACCCUUAAGUAUCCAGCACAAAACCAGGUUUCCCUCACCGUGAACAGGCUGACUUUCAAUGACAGUGCAAUCUACAUCUGUGGAAUAGCCUUUCGCAGCUCAAAGCAACCGAGAGCUAAGCAAACGGGAGGAGGGACUGUGCUUGUGGUGAGAGAGACGAAGGUUCUCAGCAAGGAACUGCAGUCCGUCCUGAUAGCCCUCUUAGUCCUGUUCUCCAUCUACAUCAUCAGUGUGCUCGUGAUCCUCAUCGUCCUCACUGAAUUAAAAUCUAACACUCAAAGAAAGAAAGAAACAGAAGAGUCACAAAAGAAAAAGAGUGCUCGGCGUAUUUUUCAGGAAAUUGCUCAAGAGCUAUAUAAUAAGAGACAUGCGGAAACAAGCCAACCAACUGAAAAAGACAACACUUAUGAAAAUAGAACAGCCCUUUCUAACUAUGAAAGACCAUAGAAGUCUUCUGACUUUCAAUGAAGUCACCGAAAAUCCAACUCCAGAUGUUAUGAAAGUAUUAGUGGAUAUUCACCCAUCAGGUUUUUUUUAGAAAACAAUUUAAGGUAAAUGGAAUAGUCAACCAGCUACAAGAAGGACGCCAGAGAAUACAAGGAAAUUAUUACUAAUGAAAAUUACCAAAAUACUAAAACCUAACAAAAUGCAACUGAAAAGUACUUUCCUAAUUUGCUACGUAGGAGAAUUCUAAGCAGUCAAGCAUCUUCAAAAACUUCCGAUUAAAGCAUAUGUCCUCCUGUAUUUCCUCCAUUUGACAUAACCACACGAUGACUGAUACCCUGAAGAUGAUCUGAAGUCAUACCAAGUGCCUCAGUCUUGCCUAGAAGAACUGUCUUUAUGGUUUCUAGACGUGCUGGGCCAACUAGAUCAAGUUGGCAGGGGAAGAGGAACGGAGGGAGGAAGGAAUGUGUCAAAAUCUGAGUUAGAAAAAAAUCAUCUUGAACAGUAUUUUGCAGCAAAUAUUAUUUCCUCUAGUAUUGCAAUGGGCCGGUGGUACAGUACACAUUUUCCGGCCAGGGUAUGCAAAAUAACUUACAUCAUGCUACCAACAGAAAGUGAGAGCACAGUAGAAUACAAUAACAUUUUGGUUAUUGUAACAUUUAAUUAUUUUAACAAAAAAUCCAAAGCAUAAGGUUCAGCCAGAGAAAACCUCAGAAUAAAUAAGCCACGAUGGACUCUAGGUGUCAGUCUUGUACCAAAUAACAGCACCAGGGAAGGCUUUGGCAAAGCAUUGGAACUGAUCAAGACUGCAAUAUUUUUUCUUCUCUUUUAGUAAGUCAUUGCAUUACACACACACAUACACACAAAAAUAUACGUAUGUACACACACGUUUAUAUAAACCUACACCUUAUACAUAGUUGGGGUCAUACAGAGUAUAUAGUUUUGUAUUAUACAUUGCAGUGUGAUUUUUAACCAACUAAGGAGGGAAAUGUCAGACAAGGGGCAGUGUACAGCAGGGAGGCUUAUGGCACUUACUACCAUCUCACUAAGAAAACAUGUUAUAGAAUUGCUCUCUGAAAGUUACUUCUGUGUAACAAAAAAUCUAUUUGAAGUACCUGCAAGUAUAUAUUUGCUAUUAAAUCUGAAUUACAAUCCAUUAUGUUUAUUUAAAGUGUUUCUCUUAAACUGGUAUAAAAUGAGAUGGAUUCUUAUUUUUAAAACCCAGAUUAAAUUUUCAAAUAUUUUAAGAUCCCUUUAAAAGUAUUUUGUACUGAUGGCUUAAAUCAGGGACCUCUAACCUUUCCAUCUGGGUGGGGGAGGCACAUAACCUCAUUUUGUGUGUAAAUACAUGUGAAAACACAUGUGAAUACACAUGUGCUUUGUGUAGUUUAUGCAUAUACAUGUACAUGUAUAUAUGUGUAUACACAAAAGCAGAAUUAAACAACAGGCGUUAAAAGCAAUAUAAAUAAAAAUGUUAACAUUUCCCUCCUGUACCCCAACAUAAAAAGUCUUGCAUACUCCCUCAACUUUGAGAGCACUGGCCUGACUGAAAUAAAUGAACUUCUAAACCAGAUGGCAGAAGAGGUAAGUACUACCACCAUCUAGGUGAAUAGAAGGGAUCUAAUCAUUUCCUUUUGAUUUCUGAAAGUCACUACCUUUUGGUCCUUUCAGGGCUGAAAAUAUGCCAUUCUUCAUGUAACUAAUGAGGAAACAAGAUCUCUAAGACAAACUUGUAUUUGAUUCAGAAUAAACCUUUCCCAAUACAA